AUGAGUGUACGGCAUACUAUUCCAAUCAUUAUUGUCAGAACGGCAAUUAUUGUUCCAUUAUUCAUAAUAGGCUGCUUAGCAAUUGUCUUCACACAACUAAUUGGGUUAUUCUUAUUUAAAAAUAAUCCAUCGUUAAAACAAGCCAUGAUCAAUGAAACAAAGACGCAUUUUGUUAUUUUACUUUCUGGUCUCACUUCAAUUAUAAACCCAUGCAAAUUUGCCAUCACAAUUGAUACUGAAUCCGUACCCAAUAGUCAACAAUUUCAUGUCGAUUCAUACAAGCAUAUUCAUACUUUGCUUCAACCGAAUUCAGUCAUUAUUUCCAACCAUCAAAUAUAUACUGAUUGGUUAUUCCUUUGGUUUUUGACAUAUACUUCAAAUUUAAGUAAUGCUGUUUACAUUAUUCUUAAAGAUUUAUCCAAGAUUCCUGUUUUGGGCUACGGUAUGAAAAAUUACAACUUCUUAUUUCUUUCUAGAAAAUGGGAACAUGAUAAAGUUGUAUUAACUAAUCAAUUGUUGGAAAUUGAUGCUAAUGCAAGAGGACAUGGUCCAGCUAAUGGGUAUAGACUUUUAUCAUCUACCGAUAAAGAAGUGAAAAAAUGGCCUCAAGGAGCCGAUGAUUCUAAGAUUUGGCCAUAUGAACUUAUAUUAUUUCCCGAGGGGACAGUUCCAUCAGAUAGGACAACCAAGAAAUCAGCUGAAUAUAUCGCUUCAAAGGGGUUACCACCAUUGAAACAUGUAUUGUUACCUCGUAUUAGAGGCUUGUAUUUGGCGUUACAGAAAUUACGAAACACGGUCGAAGUAGUCUAUGAUGUAACAACAGCAUAUUCCGGUUUGAAAGAAGAUGAAUAUGGAGAACUUGUAUUUUCAUUAAAGAAAUUUUAUAUACAAGGUUAUGGGCCACCAGUAGUCAACUACUUCAUCAAAGGCUACAAAUUAAAAGAUAUUCCAUUGGGCAAAGAGGAAUUAGAUAGUACUGUUGAAGCUAGUGAUGAAGAUUUGCAGAAAUUUGAAGACUGGUUAUUGAAAAUAUGGUAUGAAAAAGAUCAAUUGAUGGAUAAUUUUUAUAAAACUGGUCAAUGGGGGUUAAACCCUAAUAGUGAUGGAGAAAUCAAUGUUGAUACAAAAUUGAUUGUUGGUGAUUUCAAAUUAAAGAAUUCUUUGGAAUUUUUGAAGCCUUUUAUUGUACUGCUUACUAUCUUGCUAUUGAGUUAUACCCUUUUGUCCUUGGUGUACUCUUUUGUUAUUGGAAGUAAAUAG